GGCUCAAGGCGCAGUACCCCGGACAUAGCGAGCAACCGCAACGAGCACAAGCCACGGGUAGAGAGCUGGGAAGACGGAUGAAGAAAAAUAAAAAAUAAACACAAGAAGUCUUCUGUAGUACUGACUAACGCCGAGGAAGGAGCGGUAUCGAAGGGGCUCACAGGGCGAACAGUAAACGGGAAGAUCCAACACAAGCUUUGGUCAGAACCACUGGACUGCGGCUGCCAUGGUCACGUUGGACUUGAGGACGCUGACGGCGCCGGUGGGCAUCGUGCGGAUGCUGGGGGUCAUCUCCACCUGCGUCUCCUUCAGCUUGGUGGCAUCGGUGGGCCGCAGUACCUCCUCUUUCUGGACCUGGUGUAUGUUCACCUGGUGCUUCUGCUUCUGCCUCACACUCCUGAUACUGGUCCUGGAGCUGUCUCGCCUCAACGCAAAGCUGCCCAUCUCCUGGGACGACUUCACGACGGCCUUUGCCAUGCUGGCAACCCUCAUGGUGCUGGCAGCUUCCAUCAUCUACCCAGCCUUCUUCACCUGCUCUUCCUGCGGCAAGCAGAUUGGCGCCACCGUUACGUCCUUCCUGGCGUUCAUUUUAUACGCCGCAGAGGUUGGGCUGACCCGUGCCAAACCUGGCGACGUCAGCGGCUUCCUGUCCACAGUCCCGGGCCUCCUCAAGGUGCUGGAGGCCUUUGUGGCCUGCAUCAUCUUCAUAUGCCUGGAGUCCACCGGGUACUCCUCUCACCCGGGGCUUCAGUGGUGCGUUGCCGUCUACUCCGUGUGUUUCGUGUUCGCCCUGCUCGUCAUCGGCGUCACCGUGUGCCGCGUGCUGGCUCUCUUCCCGGCCCCCCUCGACAAGGUUCUGACGGGCUGCAACGCGCUGGCCGUGUUGAUGUACACCACCGCCGUGGUCAUCUGGCCGCUUUACGGCCUGAAGAACGAAGCAAGGCCGGACUACUGCUCGGAUCUGACGAGGAACUGCCGGUGGAACAAAGUGGUGGUGAUUGCUUUCAUGACCUGCGUCAACCUCGUCGCCUACAUCGUCGACACCAUCUACUCUGUACGGCUGGUUUUCUACGUCACCUCCACGUAGGACCGAGGGUUGGGGUUUUUCGUUAACGGGCAAACGGUGGAUUCAGGCUUGAGGCGUGAGGCGGAGCGUGGUGGGGGGGGGUGUUAAGUAGAAAACUCAAGACAUGCCCUGGACUGCCUCUGUCUACUACGUCACGGGGCGGCAGGUUUACGGCCCGCCGGGGCGUUUCCACACGUCUUGGGUCUGCUGCUGAUUGUUCUGCGGUGGAGUUUGUCCCUGUACGCUGUGUGGUCUCUGUACAAGUCAUGUUGGCUUUUCUUUACCCUCGGCUUAAACACGUUCAAUGUAAACCUACACGAAGAGGUUGUGGUCUUCCUCUUCAUCUCUCCGCCCACUCUCGGGUCCCCUUAUCGCGGUGAGACACGCCUCAGUUCAACGUCACCAAGAAUACAAAUAAAAUCUAACAGCAUUGUGCACUGUUGUUCUGCUGAGUGUGUCUGUUUCACUUAAGUGGUGUUUAUUUCAGCAGCUUGAUGCAGACGGCUUCGAUUAAUCACAACAUGGGGCGUCCGGUUG